GUUGCUAGCAUUAGCCGAACUCCUUUUGUUUUCCUCCCCCUCUUUAACCUACAUUUCAACUUCUUUCCUGUUUGUGUACAUACAUUGGCCUAACCGGAGCGCCGGAACUCACAGACGCGGUGUCGGUUCCAAAAUGGGGCCGUUUUCCCCGUUUAACGUUCACGUCUUAGUUUUUCGUAUGGAGACGGUUUUUGGAGGCAACCGGCGGAGCGCGCGAUCCAGCUGCACACGACGAACCGGGGCGCGAGGCGAACGGCGCGGUGUGCUGCGGUGUCUGCGCGUGGGGAACACGGAAGAGGGCCAUGUCAUGGAGCGGGACCGGGACCGGGACCUGGACCGGGCCACGGAGGAGGACGCCGAGCUGUUGAAGCUGGACGGGCUGGAGCGCAGGGUGACGGCGCCCCGGUACAGCCUGCUGCGGGAGGUGGGUCGGGGGACGUACGGGGUGGUGUACGAGGCGGUGGCGCGGAGGACCGGGGCUCGAGUCGCCGUGAAGAAGCUGCGGUGCGACGCCCCGGAGAACGUGGAGCUAGCCCUGCAGGAGUUCUGGGCGCUGGCCAGUCUGGAGAAACGGCACGAAAAUGUGGUUCAGCUGGAGGAGUGUGUCCUGCAGAAGAACGGGAUGGCCCAGAAGAUGAGCCACGGAAACAAACGGUCCAGACAGUACCUGCGGCUGGUGGAGACGUCACUUAAAGGUGAGAGAGUCCUGAGUCCGCCAGAGGAGCCCUGUUACCUCUGGUUCGUUAUGGAGUUCUGCGAAGGCGGCGACCUCAACCAGUUCAUCCUGUCCCGGAGACCCAACCCUCGGACCAACAACAGUUUCAUGCUCCAGCUGACCAGCGCCGUCGCCUUCCUGCACGAGAACAACAUUGUCCACCGAGACCUGAAACCGGACAACAUCCUCAUCUCCGAGAGGUCGGGGUCUGCAGUCCUCAAAGUGGCCGACUUUGGACUGAGUAAAGUCUGCGCCGGUUUCGGAAACAAUGGCGAAGGCAAAGAUGGCGAGGACAAGAACAAAAACAUUAAUGUCAAUAAGUUCUGGUUGUCGUCGGCGUGCGGCUCUGACUUCUACAUGGCACCGGAGGUGUGGGAAGGGCACUACACAGCCAAGGCGGACAUCUUCGCCCUGGGAAUCAUCAUCUGGGCCAUGCUGGAGCGGAUCACGUUCAUCGACGCCGAGUCCAAACGGGAGCUGCUGGGGUCUUACGUGAAGCAGGGCAGUGACAUCGUACCGGUGGGCGAGGCGCUGCUGGAGAAUCCAAAGAUGGUACUGGACAUUCCCCAGAAGCGCCGCUCCUGCAUGUCUGACGGCGUCAAGAAGCUGCUGCAGGACAUGCUCGCCGUCAACCCGCAGGACCGGCCUGACGCCUUUGAGCUGCACGCCAGGAUGGACCGAGUCACGUGUGCCGCGUGACCCUGGACGGCGCAUUUACAGGUUUUGCUGCUGCUGGAUCUGUUUCCACCUGAACACUGUGAACCUGAACUAAAGGGAAUCAGAGGGAACGGACCCGACUGUGAAACCCGACCUGUUUACAGCCUGACUCGGGUCCUUUUCCCGACCCGACACCACAAACUCUGACCAGAACCCGGACCGUUUGUUUGACGCUACAGGACCACGUGCACUUUGACCACGCCCAGCGACAGGAACACUGGGACGGCGCCCGGAACACGGCGCUUCAGUGUCGGACUCUUCGACUCGUUCUGAUCCAAUCCCACGUUGUCGAUCAUCGUCCAGAUGAACGACACAUCUUUAUCUUGAAAAAAACCAGACAGAAAGUCGGCCGUCGUCUGUGGUUUAACACAACAUUGAGUCAAAUAAGGAGAACAGUCGGAGGUUUAUUUAACACGGUGGAAAAAACACGUAAAAGUUUAAAGUAGAGAUAGAAACAUUCAGCUGUUACGGUGGUGAAAUAUUUAUUCAAUGUGAGAAUAAGCAGCAAAAUGAAGCAAAACUAAACAUUUUCUGCCUUUAAUUUGACAAUUUAAACAAAAUAAAACUAAGGCACAAUGUUUUAUUUCAUGAUAAUCAUAGAAAAUAUUAGUUUAAUGUAAAACGGAUGUGUCAGAUGUUGGAUGACGUCUCCCGCUCUGGAUUUCGGUUCGUUUCUUUGUUACCUGACGGGAAACGGCGUCUCCGGGGGGGUGGGGGGGUUUGUGUUGCUGCGUUCAGGCUCCUCCGGACAUUUGAGCUCUGAGGCGUGUCUCCACGUCUCACAGCGUUUAACUUUACAUGAACAGACAAUGUGAUGGUUUCUCUGUAAAAUGUGAAAUGGUUUUGUCUGAUGUGACUUUAGUUUCCUUGUGUCGUUCCGUGAAACUGAGCUGAAGGCUUCGAACGCGGCUUCUGUCUACGAUGGAUCUGGUACUAAAGCUGGGAGGAAAACCUAGUCCAUACGAAUAAUUAUAUCAAUAAACCAUUUGGUUAUUUGUGAUUAUUUGUAAAAGACAAAAGAUAUUGAACAUUUGACAAAUUUAGUCGUAGAACAAUCAAAAUCAAACCUAAAAGUAAAAUGUAUAUUUGUAGUAAAAGCGUCUCUUCACGGCCGUUGGAUUUCAGUAACUGUAUUCGUUUGAUUCCAGCCUGUAAAUGACACGUCUGCGAACCGCUUCGUCUUUCGUUUCCGUGGUGAUGACGGUGCGACGUCUUCGUUGUAAAUGUGACUCAGUGGACGCUUGAAAAUUCGGUUUGUGUUCAGAUCUUUGUUUCUACCUCCGGUGCCUUGAAACUCAGGAACAGGAACCGUAGUCAACCUCGAUGAGCCGCGACACGCCUCCUGCUUCGGGGGCUGGAGGUGAGUGGAAUUCUGGGUAAAGGGACGGCGAGGGACGUGGGUUUGGACUCCGAUUGUCCGAGUGAAAGGGAAUCAAAGACGUGACGUUAAACAAGUCGUUAUUUAGGAGAAACUAAGGGAACUUCAGUCGUAGAGGAAAGAAAGUGAACCUGUCGAUGAAAAACGGCUUCAGAGAAUCUAGAUCUGCAACGAGUAGAAGAGUUCCUCCGAAAACGAUCCUUUUUCCCUUUAAACGACUCAGAAAAGAGUCGAUUCGUCAAACAAUAACUGACCUGAUCAUUGCAGCGCUAACGUUCUGGCUCAUCUUUUCCUCCUAAUCCAAAGGUUGAAUCUUCUCUUCUUUCUUCUUUGAUGGCUCUACCUCAUCUGUUUGUUUUCCUGAACCUGGUCGUUUAGUUUCAGAUGUUUUCCUCUGAAUCCAGAUGCUGAAGCCGUUCGUCGUUCCUGUUUAAAAUCGUUCUUUAAUCGUUCUACCUCAUGUACAUUCGGUUUCUGUCGUUUUUUUCCAGGUUUCAUUUCAUGACUUUCAGUAUUUUUUUACUUUUGUUUCCCUUUUGUGUCUGUUAAAGGUUUUCAGCGACGCGUUUCUGUCGCAGCCGCGUUUACACGACAUUAUCUCAGCACAUGCCGCCACUUCCGCUGUCCGUCGGUCGAACAGACUCCGCCCUCUUUGGUCGAUUAAUCAGAUGCUGAUCUAGAAAAAAGGAUGCACAUCACUGUCAAUACGAAUACAACGGAACAGAAAGUAGAAAGUCCUCACAUUAUGACCAGAUAUUUCAUGUUCAUAGAUUUUUACGAUAAUUUAUAACAACGUACAAAACAUUUCUAGAAUUUUAUCCUGUUUUUGUUUAUUUCAUCCUAAUUUAUGUUGAUAAAAAGUUUAUUGAAAUCUAAGUUUAUGUAGUAAAAAUGUGACAACAUCCUGUUAAAACCUAACAAAUAUCUGGGUUUAACAUGAAUAUAUCCUGAAGAAUUGGAAAGUAUCCUGUUAAAAUGUGAAAGUAUCUGGUUAAAAUGUGAAACUGGUCGUAUAUUUCAGCCGACAGUGAGGUGUUACCGAUAACUGAUGUUUUUCCAGUCGUCUGAAUCGGUCGGUGGGCGUUUGACGGGUCCAUCUCCAGUACCAAUGUCGCCUCUGGACCAGAUAGUUUUCCGUGUGCUUCGCUUCUAUGCAACGUCCUGGAUCCACAUUCGACAUUCGUUUAGUUCACGUUCCGUAAGCCAUGUGUGAAAGAAUCAUGUUUUUUAUUCUGACUUUGAAUAAAGACAAAUUCUUGUUGAAUAAAGGUUGAAAAUACCUGAAAA